AAGACGCGUGCGCGUCACUGCCUGACGCCAAGGGUUGGGGUGUGCAAGGCGCAGAAGUAAUCUUGCUUUAAACUUACAUACUUUGAACUUUCUUUUUUAUUUUUAGCAACUUUAUUUUGUGUUUUAUUUCAUAAAAUCAAAGAUUUAUAUACUUGUUUUUAAUCGGAUCAUCAAAACUACAAAAGAUGAUUGACCAGGUUACCGGAGCAGGGGCUUUGCCUUUCGCAGUCCAGCUCAAAGCUCUUCUGGACCAAGAGGCCAGAUAUCAGCCCAAACUCAGUGGACUCCGUGUCAUUGAGUCUGCUCAGGAUAACGGUCUGAGAAUGACCGUCAAGUUGAGAGACUUUCAAGUGAGAGAACUUCUCUCCCUGACACGAUUCUUUGGCUUCUGUGCGGAGACGUUCUCCUUCGCUGUGAACCUUCUUGAUCGAUUCCUGGCUGUGGUGAAGAUUCAACCCAAGCAUCUGUCCUGCGUCGGUCUCUGCUGCUUCUACAUCGCUGUGAAGACUUCAGAAGAAGAGAAGAAUGUUCCUUUGGCCAGUGACCUCAUCAGGAUCAGUCAGAAUCGCUUCACGGUGCAUGACAUGAUGAGGAUGGAGAAGAUCGUUCUGGAAAAGCUCUAUUGGAAGGUCAAGGCUCCAACUGCCCUUCACUUCCUCAGAUUCUUUCACUCUUGCAUUCAAGAGAAGGUGGACACAGAAAGUAAGAGGAUUCUGAACAUUGAGAGGCUUGAGGCUCAGUUGAAGGCUUGCCAUUGCUCCUUUACUUUCACUAAAAUGAAGCCUUCACUGCUCGCUUUGUCCCUUCUGGCCCUGGAGAUCGAGGAUCGGCACGAGUUUGAGCCAGUUCCGGCUCUGAAAGAGGCUCUGGAUGGACUACAGGAGAGUUUGUCUGUUAAAUCUGGAGACCUGGUUUGCGUGAGGGAGCUUGUUGCUAAAUGCCUAGCUGAAUACGCCACCACCAAGUGCCUGAAGCCAAACGGCCAGAGACUGCGUUGGAUGAUUUCGGGUAGAACCGCCAGACAACUCAAGCAUAGUUACUACAAGAUUGCCCAUCUACCCACGAUUCCUGAAUAUGCUUGUUAAGACAGUUAGUGUUGUGCGCCCAUAACCGAACGACUUAAUUCAAUCCUAUGGAAAACCGUGUGAAUGGUUCAAUAUCUAUGCUAUGGGCACCCAACACUAACUGUGCUAACUUUAAUUCCUUCAUCGGUCUUUAUGUUCUCUUUAACACCUGCAAUGAUUGUAUUUAUUUCACAUCCGCACUGGCUCAAUCUUGAUUACUAGUCAAGGGUGGGUUUGAGCAAGUCUUAUCAGAUGGGUUUCACUGGUAAGGCUUGCACAUGUACAGUAUGUUCAUUUGAAUCGGCGCAAGAAUCGCUGGUUGUUUAAAGCAAUGAAGUAUAGAACCGCCUAGGUCCUCAGUCCACUGUGUGGAAGAGGAGGGAGAAGGGUUUUGAGAUUCACGACAACAACAGAACCAAGAGAUCAGGCCCAAAACCCUUAACUCCCACCCUAGGUUGUCCGCUGUUGUAAUGCACACUCCUACCCAAGGUGAUGAAAACGAGAUGGUUUUUUGUUUUUCUUUUCUUUUUUUUUUUUUUUUGGCAUUCUGCUUUCUAAUGUGGCAUGACGAAAUCUGGAUGGCGAUGAAAAUGCAGGUUUUAACUUUAUAUAACAUGCCUGUAAUAGGAAGAACACUGCUAAUUACUAACUGACCAGGCUGAAGCUUAUUUUACAUUUGGUUAAUACUACAAACUUAUGUAACCAUGACCAUUUGUUUUAUACCUGGUAUAAAUUACACUUAACAAAUUGAGUGGUACAAAUAAAACUGUUGAAAUGGAUUGAAUUGAAUGCAAGUGGCUCCUUUUGUUUUGGCUCUAAUCUGGAAGUCAAGAGCAGCAUUUUGCAAAAUUUAUGUAGUUGAACCUUUCAAUAAAAACUUAUUGAAAUGUGAAA